AUGUCUCGUGGCAAGGCAACUUAUCUACAAGCUUUCGAAUCAUUAUGCCAUUACUCUCAUAUACCAUGUGUAACUGUGAAAGGUUUGGCUAAAGGUGUUGACUAUAUAGUCGGUAUGUGCUUAAGUGAUGCCCAAUUGACAGCGACCGGUGAACAACAACAGCCUAAUCAACACUUAUCCCCCAUUAUAAACCGAUUACAACAUGCUUGGAAUGCUGCUUAUCUAGAUGGUAAAUGGGCAUUAUUUGAUCCAAUGUGGGCAGCACAACGUUUAGCUGUCAGUGCUAAUACACGUUUAUCACAAUUAGUUCAAAGUGGACAAAUGGAUUAUGAAACAGAUAUGUUCUAUUUUAAUGUUGAUCCAGCUAAAUUGAUUUAUUCACAUUUUCCAUUUGAUGAUUCUUGGCAAAUGCUUAAUCCACCGGUGACAUUAAAGCAAUUUGAAAAUAGUGUCCUUUUGAAACCAGCAUUCUUUCGUCAUGGUCUUGGAUUACUUUCUCAUCAGGAUUGUGUUAUUCUAGCACCGAAUAAACUUGUCAUUAAGCUUUCUAUGCCAAGAGCUUUGACAGAGAAUUUGAAAUUUACAUUCAAUUUAAAAUAUGAGGAGAAGAAUGAUAACUUGGAUUUACCAAAUUUAUCUCAAUUUGGACUACAUGAAUUAUCAAGACGUGAUGCAACUGUAACAUUCCAUUUUCGUUUUCCUAAACCAGGAGCUUAUAAACUUACUUUAUAUGCUCAACGAAUUGGUGAGAAGUUAUUUGCCGACAUUUGUGAAUAUCGUGUAGAGUCGAAAGGGAACACAGAAGUUUUGAACAACACUACACCCACUGGUAUCACUAUCCCUCCAUUUCCGCCAACAACACAAGCACAUUAUGGACCAGCAGAAAAGGCUAAAGAAUUCGGUAUUACAACUGUACCGUCUGAUUUGGAAGCUCAACUACACUGUCGUACUGGUGUGUUGGAGUUAAGAUUUACAACAAAAAAUCCGCAAGAUAAACUUCCACGUUUAACAGCUCUUUUGAAGUCAUUAAUUCAUGAGACAAAAAUGCUAACUGAUUGUAUCCUUAUUCGAACAAUUGAAGCUGUUCCACCAAGUAGUAUCAAUUCUACAACCAGUCGUUUAUCGACCAGUAUAACUACAACUAAUCAAGGACCAUGUAUUCAUAUGAUUAUAUUGACAGCAUAUUUACCAACAGCUGGAGAGUACGCCUUGGAAGUCUAUGCAGCACCAGCAGACUCUGAUGAGAAAACAUCUUAUUUUUUGGUAUGGCAGUUUUUAAUUGAUUCUGAAUUAGGUGUUCAAUUGUCAACACCAGUUAGAAAACGUUUAGCUACAAUGAAUUUAGGUCCACAAGAUGAGAUAUGGUCUACAUUGGGUUUAAAGUUACUCAGUCAUAAUGAUCCAUUAAUUCAUGUACCAACAAUUGGUUCAUUGGGAUUACAAAAAACUCGAAGUAAAUCAGAAAUUAUGAGUCAAUAUAUAAGUCAUACUGAUAAAUUGACGAAUAAUUUAACUGUAGGUGAUUCAUUGGCCAUGCCUGGAUCCGCGGUAUCAUCGGAAAAGACAUAUGAGUUGGACGAUGACGUUCAAGAUCCACGUAGUUAUGAUUUAAAGAUAAGAUUUUUGAAAGAAACUCGACAUAAACUUUAUGUGGUUGGACAAUUUGUCGAUAUAAGUACACUGGAUGAAGAAGAGGAUUGUACAACUUACUUAUUACAACAAUGGGAGGAACCAGAAGAGCUGGACUGA